CUAUAAUUCUCUGUGAAUUUUCUCUUCGACAUUUGUCAUCUCCUGUUCUCUCACAUUAAACCAUCGUCAAUUCUUACCCCUAGCCACCAUGGACGACGCACUCAAUGGCGGUAAUUUCAAACACUACAACACCGAGGCUCCCAAGUCGAAAUUGGUCAUGCCUUUGUUCUCGUUGAAGGGCAAAACGGCAAUCAUCUCUGGUGCCGGUGCCGGUAUCGGUCUUUCAGUCGCUCGGGGAUAUGCCGAAGCUGGCGCAAAUGUCGCAAUCUGGUAUCACAGCAAUAAGAAAGCACCUGAACGUGCCGCGGAUAUCGAGAAGGAGUUUGGUGUCAAGUGCAAAGCAUAUCAGGUUGACGUACGGGAUGCAAAGGCUGUUGAUGAGGCCAUUGUUUCUCAAGUGAAGGAAUUCAACAACAGAUUAGAUAUCUUCGUGGCUAACGCUGGUAUUCCAUGGACCCAAGGAGACAUGAUCGGGGGCGAACUUGAUCACUACCAGAACGUCGUCAAGAUCGAUAUUGACGGCGUCUUCUAUUGCGCCCGAACAGCCGGCCGCAUCUGGCGAGAACAGAAGAAGAACAAGCUGGAGAACUUCAACUAUGGCAAAUUCAUUGCGACGGCGAGUAUGAGCGGCCACAUUGUCAAUUUCCCUCAACUUCAAAGUGCAUAUAACGGCGCAAAGGCAGCGGUCCGGCACCUGUGCAGUUCUCUUGCUGUUGAAUGGGUUCAAUUUGCCCGUGCGAACAGUAUCAGUCCUGGGUAUAUUGCCACAGAGAUCAGCAACUUCGUGCCUCCCGAGACCAAGAACAUCUGGAGAGACAAGAUCCCCAUGGGUCGUGAAGGGGAGCCUAUUGAGUUGGUCGGUGCGUAUCUGUAUCUUGCGAGUGAUGCAAGCUCGUACACCACAGGAACCGAUAUUUUGGUUGAUGGAGGAUACUGCGCUCCUUAGACGAGAUCGACGAGAUCGACGAGAUAUUGCAAUUGGAUCCCGAUUUUCCGUAUCACCAUGUGCACCGUAGUGUUACCAAAACCUUUCAAUGAGAGUGUGUGGGAGCCAGAUCCGAAGUUUGAUGAAC